CUCCAAUGAAUGCCAUUCCUUUUGCUAACAAUAUUGAUUGUAACUUUUUAAUAUAUAUCACAAAGAUCGAUCACUACCCUAAAAUACAUUCCCUAUUAGAAAUUCAGGUAGAAAUGCUACAUAACAAUCUCCUUAAAGGCAUCCAAAAAGGUUUUAUAAUUUCUCUAUUAUUGCUUAGGGAAUUCGAUUAUAGACUUAUUUAACCCAAAACUUAAAAUCUCAAUUCUUCAUCUCAAUCAUUAUCAAGACUUAGAUCAGAUACUCCAAUUACUAUUCGAGGAUCAAAUUAUCGUUACGUUGGUUAAAUAAAUGGCAAUUAAAAAGAGGGAUUUGGUUCAUAUUUUACAAAUGAACUUGAAUAUGAAGGUGAAUGGCGUAACAAUGUUUAUCAUGGAUUCGGAAAAUUAUACUAAGAUGGAAAGUUAUCUUAUCAAGGAUAAUUCCAAAAUGGACUUAAAAAUGGGGCUGGUAUUGAAUAUUUUGAUGCUGGCUCUUAUUUUGUAGGUAAUUUUGAAAAUAAUCAAAAAAAUGGGAUUGGAACUCUUUACAACAAAAAUGAAAAAUUAUAAGGCAUGUGGGAAAAUGAUAAAUUAGUCGAGAAAUAUUGA